AUGGUCAAUCGGAUCCAGCUGGCCGUGCCGACCCAUCUAUUAUCCGCCGCCGCCACUGCUCCUGUCUCUUCCCCUUCUCUCCACAACCCAAGACCCGACGCUGCCGCAGAAGCAGUAGCAGCAGAACAAGAAACAGUAGCUGGUCAUCAGACCCAGCAAUCGCAACCGCAUCCGCAGCAGCAGCAGCAGAACACAAAGAGGAAAGAAAUGUCCGCCGAAGGCCUGAAAACGAUGAGUGAUCUGGCGGACGCGGCGGACAAGUCCCGCCAGAAGAGCUGCAACGCCUGCGUCCGGAGCAAGCGCCGCUGCGACAAGCGGACCCCGCGCUGCACCCGCUGUAGCGAGAAGAACUUUUCGUGCGUGUACCAGAACCUGCCGCCCGCCUCUGCCAAUGGAAAUGGUAAUGGUGGUAGUGGUGGUGUUGGAGUUGGAAGCCUCGGCGGCCGGGGCGACUCCUCUUCCUCCGCCGGGGGUAUGAUCAGUAACCCAGACGACACCCUCCAGGCCAUGGACAUCGAGGAGGACUGCGGUAACAUCAACGAUGACCUUCCUCCCUUUGACUUUAACACACUCACCGAUCAUCAUCUCCAACACCAACAACAUCAACAACAUCAUCAUCACCAACCUCAGCUCCAGCAGCAGCCCACGCCCGCGUCGUCGUCAUCCUACCUCGACGGCGGUCUACCGACAAUAGUGAUGACGGAGGACAUCCACAGCGGCAUCGGCAGCGGCAACAACAGCGGGAGCAACAUCGACAACGCCACGUCGGUGCCGUCGACGUCGUCGCUGAACCUCGACUUGAAUGCCGCCAACGCGCCGUUCGACUUCAACUCGGUCAUGGAUUUCCUGAACGCGGACCCGACGGCCGGCGGCGAGCUCCAGCUUUGGGAGACGCCGUUGACGCCCAUCGUUCAGAAGACUAUGCUGCCUGAGAUUAACCAGCUGAGUCCGUGUGACUGGGAAAACGAGAUGGGGGAGGCAUGUGGCGGCUUCCAACCAUGGCAAAUCCACGAACCAAACUCCCGCAUCGGCCACCUCGUCAAUGUUGUCAAGAACAUGCACGUCGUAUUCGCCCAGACCAAGCAGACCCCCUUCCUCCACCGGCACCUCUACCGCGGCGUCCGCGAGACGCCCAGGCCCCUGAUGGCGGCCUACACCGCCAUCUCGGCGCACGUGGGCAUGACGGAGUCCAAUAAGGACUGGGUGAUCCGCGCCCUCUGCGAGGGCGCCAAUGAGAUUCUCAAAAGCGGUGGUGGCAGUAGCACUGUCAACGCCAAGGACUCCUCGACGACGACGACGACAGCAGCAGCGGGGAGCAACAUCACGGGCCACGAGAAGCUCGCGAGGGCGCAGGCCCUGUUCCUGAUUCAAACGGUGCGGUGCUUUGAUGGCGACAUAGCGCUACGGGCGCAGGCGGAGCGGGACAUGGGCGUCUUCGAGAAGUGGUUAAAGGACCUCGAGGGGUUGAGGGACAACUUUGACGAGGUUCAUCUGCUAGACGACGGCGCGUUGCGCGGGAGGCCGCCGCGGUCCUGGGAGAUGCUCAAGAGUGCUGGUGAUUUUGAUCCUGACCUCGGUCCGUGGCUGAUCCCGCACCGCUGGACCUUCUCGAGGCACCUCUGGGACGCUCAGUCUUCGCCGGCUUUCUUCACUGCGUGGCGCGAAAAGCCCAUGUUUUUGGUCAACAGUUUCUUCGUGCAGGGCGUCGCCAAGAUAAUGCGGCCGGCAGAUGUAGACGAUUUCGCGAGAAUGUUUCUCACCAUGAAUGUUGGUGUUGAGGAGAUGAAGCAUUUUAUGCUCGAAGUAGAGGCACGGGCAGUUGUUCAGUCGGACACGUUGCCAGGCUUCUCAAAGGGCAUGUUUCUCUCUUCCGAUGCUGAACGUAUGUCAGGAAUUCAAAGACACCGACUGUCUGAGGCAUACACAAUGAGGUCCAUGAAAGACAAAGUAAGAUUCAUUGAAUACAAGAAGAAGGCAACAUUGCAAUAUCUCGCAGAUGUAUUCACCAUCCACGUUCAACCCACUCCAAUCCAAAACAUAAUCACCCAGCAUAACCAAAUCUCCAAGAUCUCCUCCGCCGGAUUUCUCACAUCCAUAAAAUCCAUACCAAAGCAUUUCGAUUUCUCAAAGUUCAAAGCAAACAUGUCAGGCAAGAAGACAACCCCCAUCUACUACCACGAUCCCACCAACCCCCCUUGGCAGGAUCCGGCCAAGUGCAAAGGCACCCUGAGCCACGGAGGCACCAAGGCCAACAACUGGGGAGGCGCCUCUGGGGGCAGUAGCGGCGGAGGCAGCAGCAGCAACAGCGGUGGCGGCAGCGGUGGUGGCAACAACAGCGGCGGAGGGACCAAGAAAAGAGGUUCCAAAGCCCUGAAUAGUAGUCGCAUUGACAGCAGUCUCAAGAUACCCCCUUGCCAGAUGGAUGUUCUCGUCAAAGGCGUCGUCUCAUUCAUUCUUUUCCACCCGCUAUAA